CUUUAUCUCUUCCCUCCUCGUGUCUCCUUCUUACUACGUUUUUUUUUUCUCUCUUUAUGCUGAUGUGGACUUUAUAGCCACGACAAACACUGAUCAUGCGAUGACUGAGCGCGCUUUGGGCACAUCUACCGAGUCCAUUACAGGAGGUAAAUGAUGGCCGAGGAUGGGGGAAAUCUCUCCGGGAUCUCCGACGCCAGGGGCUCGGAGGGUCGCUCCUCUCUGCCGAGGACUUUUAUCCGCCUCAACGACCUGUCCGGGGCCGGGACAGGAGGCGGGGAGGGCGGCGAAUUGGUGGUGGAGCCGGCGUCCCCGGCGCCUGACGGGAUCUCUACAACCGGGGAGGAAGUGUCUGCGAGCGGGGAUGAGAGCCUGCCCUACCCCGCCAUGGCCCCCGUGGUCUUCUUCUACAUGAAACAGACCACCCGGCCUCGGAGCUGGUGUCUUAAGAUGGUCAGCAAUCCGUGGUUCGAGCGAGCGUCCAUGCUGGUGAUCCUGCUGAACUGUGUGACACUGGGCAUGUUUCAUCCCUGCGAGGACAUCGUCUGCGACUCUGAGAGGUGCAAGAUCCUGCAGAACUUCGAUGACUUCAUCUUUGCCUUCUUUGCCAUUGAGAUGGUGAUCAAGAUGGUGGCCCUGGGGAUUUUCGGCAAGAAGUGUUACCUUGGAGACACUUGGAACCGCUUGGACUUCUUCAUAGUAUUGGCUGGGAUGUUGGAGUACUCCCUCAACUUGCAGAACGUCAGUUUUUCAGCGGUGAGGACGGUUCGCGUGCUGAGACCUCUGAGAGCCAUCAACCGAGUGCCAAGUAUGCGUAUCCUGGUGACCCUGCUGCUGGACACCCUGCCCAUGCUGGGUAACGUGCUGCUGCUCUGCUUCUUUGUCUUCUUCAUAUUUGGAAUCGUGGGCGUCCAGCUGUGGAACGGCUUGCUCAGAAACCGCUGCUUCCUGGGCAACUUCUCCAUCCCUCUCUCUGUGGAGCUCGAGAAAUACUACCACACUGAAAACGACGACGAGAGCCCCUUCAUCUGCUCCAAGCCCCGAGAGAACGGCAUGAGGGACUGCGGCUCGGUGCCCAAGGUGUACAAGGAAGGGGGCCUGCAGUGCACCCUGGGCUUGGAUUAUUACAACAGCACCGACAACAACACCUGCAUCAACUGGAACCAGUACUACACCAACUGCUCUGCUGGUCUGGUCAACCCCUUCAAGGGAGCCAUCAACUUCGACAACAUCUGCUACGCCUGGAUUGCCAUCUUUCAGGUGAUCACUCUGGAGGGCUGGGUGGACAUCAUGUACUUUGUGAUGGACGCUCACUCCUUCUACAACUUCAUCUACUUCAUCCUACUCAUCAUUAUUGGCUCGUUCUUCAUGAUCAACCUGUGCCUGGUGGUCAUCGCCACUCAGUUCUCCGAGACCAAGCAGAGGGAGAGUCAGCUGAUGAAGGAGCAACGGGUGCGCUUCAUGUCCAACGCUAGUACCCUGGCCUCCCUCUCCGAGCCGGGCUCCUGCUACGACGAGCUGCUCAAGUACCUGGUUCACAUCGUCCGCAAGGGGGCCAGACAAGUGGCCCAUGUCUGUAGGUUCCUGGCUCGCCGCGCCGGGCUUAAUAUCGCCGCCUCGCCCCCCGCAACGGAGCCCCAACGCAGCCAGAGAAGGAGGAGGAAGCCCUCCAGGCAGGGAUCUGUGUCGGUUCAUCACAUGGCACACCAUCACCACCACCACCACCACCACCACCACUACCACCUGGGUAAUGGCAGCUUGAGGGGAGGAGGGGGCGUCAGGUGUCUGGAGGGUAGGGAUGUGGAGGUCGGUGCUCAUAACAACAACAGAGGGGCCCUUGUAGCAACCACCGGCGCCGGGCAUCUCGCUUUGGCCCCGCCACUUUCAGUGCCGGCAGCCACCUCCGAUACAAACCUGGCAACGCUGUCCAAUCCUGCCGGAGGAGCUGCCGAUUUCUCUUCAGUUUGCAGUGAAUUCCACGUCGCGGCUCCCACGUCCAGGGCCAUGAAGAGGAACUCUGUACCUUUUGCGGCUCCGGGGCCUAAGAACUACCCCACUCUGCAAGCGCGAGCCCUGGCAGAGUCCAGACGAGGGAGCGCUGCCGCCAGCACUCUGACUAACAUCGGCUUCAACCUGAACAUCCCACCCGUUCCCCUGGAGAGACGGCCGUCAAGCCUGGCGGACACACACGCUCCCACAGCCCAGCUCUCCUGCCAGCUGUCGGCCCGUGACCUCAGCACCACCAGCAGCGCCAUGGACACGGCCGCUUUGACCCUGGACCCCGAGAAUUGCCCCUACUGCGCCAAGGCCCUGGCCAACGAAGCCGAGGGCAACGAGACCCCCGGAGACUCGGACAGUGAGGGCGCGUACGAGUUCACCCAGGACCUCCGCCACAGGGACAGGAGAGACAGCCGGCAGCCCAAAAAGAAGCAGCGAGGGCUGGGCAAAACGUUUGCGAAGGUGGUCCGCUUCUGGAGGCUGGUGUGCGACACGUUCAGGAAGAUCGUGGACAGCAAGUACUUUGGACAAGGGAUUAUGAUCGCCAUUCUGAUCAACACUCUGAGCAUGGGGAUCGAGUACCACGAGCAGCCUGACGAGUUGACCAAUGCGUUGGAGAUCAGUAACAUCGUGUUCACCAGCCUGUUCUCGCUGGAGAUGCUGUUAAAGGUUUUGGUCUACGGGCCCUUUGGCUACAUCAAGAAUCCCUACAAUAUCUUCGAUGGCAUCAUCGUGGUGAUCAGUGUGUGGGAGAUCGUGGGUCAGCAGGGUGGCGGUCUGUCGGUGCUCAGGACCUUCAGGCUGAUGCGGGUGCUGAAGCUGGUCCGUUUCAUGCCGGCCCUGCAGAGGCAGCUGGUGGUGCUGAUGAAGACCAUGGACAACGUGGCCACCUUCUGCAUGCUGCUCAUGCUCUUUAUCUUCAUCUUCAGUAUCCUGGGGAUGCAUCUGUUUGGUUGUAAGUUUGGAUGCGAGGCCGAUGGAGACACUCUGCCAGACAGAAAGAACUUUGACUCUCUUCUCUGGGCUAUAGUGACAGUCUUCCAGAUCCUAACCCAGGAGGACUGGAACAAGGUGUUAUAUAACGGCAUGGCCUCCACCACUCCUGUCGCCGCCCUCUACUUCAUCGCGCUCAUGACCUUCGGCAACUACGUCCUCUUCAACUUGCUGGUGGCCAUCUUGGUCGAGGGUUUCCAGACCGAGGAAGUGACCAAGCGGGAGGACUUGCAUGUCCAGCCGAGUCUAAUUCAGCUGCCUGUAGACUCAGGGGGUGAUGCUUCCAAAUCAGGUUCGGAGAUCGACUCCUGUGCACGGAGUAUGGAGGACGUUAACGGCAGCAAGAAGGAUUUAUCGGCCUCUGCAGUAGUGCCUGUAAAUGGUCAUGUGGACCUGAAGACCAGCCUGACUCCACCUCUAAUUACCCACACGGCUGCCACCCCCAUGCCCGUACCCAAGUUGCCCGUCGGAGGGGACCCCCUUCUGGGCUACGAGUCCCAUCGAGGCAGCAACGUCUCCAUAGACCCAGCCUGCUACGACAAAUCACCGACCAGUGCUCCGAGCUCCUCCCCCCACGCCCCAUGGGGCUCUGGCAGCGGCUGGACCAGCCGCCGGUCCAGCUGGAACAGCCUUGGUCGCGCCCCGUCACUCAAACGCCAGAAGCGGCAGUCCGGGGAGCGGCGGUCUCUCCUCUCCGGGGAGGGGGGCUCCAGCUCGGAGGACGAGGAAGGUGGAGGAGAGGGAGAAGGUGGGCUGAUGGAGGAAGACGACGCCUCUCUGGUCAGGACCGACUCCAUGUCCCAGUCGCAGAGAGGGCCAAGACACCGGAGGAUGGAGUCGGUGGAGACUCGGAGCUCCAUGGAUUUGCCCCCUGAUGCUCUGCUGCAGGUGCCAUACCUGUACCGCUCAGCCAGCAUGCACAGCUCCAGACCCCCCUCACUGGGCCAGUUACGGCCCCCAGAGCACAGCGACUGCAAUGGGAAGGGCUCUCCGUCAGCCCUGGGCCCCACACACGUCUCUCUGGAGGACAACACUGAAGAUGAAAAUGCAGAGGAGGAGGCCAACCUGGGUCGUUUUGCCAGACUGUUCCGCUGGCUGGAGAAGAAACAGCCAGAGUGGUGUCGACAGAGAGACACCUGGUCACUCUACCUCUUCCCUCCAGAGUCGAGGUUCCGGAUCCUGUGCAGUAAGAUCAUCAACCACGGGAUGUUUGACCAUAUCGUGUUGGUCAUCAUCUUCCUCAACUGCAUCACUAUCGCCAUGGAGAGGCCUCACAUUACCACCGUUGAGCGGAUCUUCCUAAAACUGUCCAACUACAUCUUCACAGCGAUCUUUGUGGCUGAGAUGACUAUAAAGAUUGUAGCUCUGGGCUGGUGUUUCGGGAACAAGGCCUACCUGAGGAGCAGCUGGAACAUUCUGGAUGGGAUGUUAGUGAUGAUCUCUGUUAUCGACAUCCUGGUGUCUCUCAUCUCCAAUUCUGGUACCAAGAUCCUGGGCAUGCUCAGAGUGCUGAGGCUGCUGCGGACCCUGAGGCCGCUACGUGUGAUCAGCAGAGCCCCGGGGCUGAAGCUGGUGGUGGAGACUCUGAUGUCGUCGCUGAAGCCCAUCGGCAACAUCGUGGUCAUCUGCUGCGCCUUCUUCAUUAUCUUUGGCAUCCUGGGAGUACAGCUCUUCAAGGGGAAGUUCUUCGUUUGCGUGGGAGACGAUGUCAAGAACAUCACCAACAAGUCGAGCUGUUUGCAGGCCAACAACAAAUGGGUCAGACACAAGUACAACUUUGACAACCUGGGACAGGCCUUGAUGUCUCUGUUUGUUCUGGCGUCCAAAGACGGCUGGGUGGAUAUUAUGUAUGACGGACUAGACGCUGUAGGAGUCGACCAACAGCCCAUAAUGAACUACAACCCGUGGAUGCUGCUCUACUUCAUCUCCUUCCUGCUGAUCGUGGCCUUCUUUGUGCUCAACAUGUUCGUGGGCGUCGUGGUGGAGAACUUCCACAAGUGCCGGCGCCACCAGGAGGCCGAGGAGGCCAAGAUCAGGGAGGAGAAGAGACUGAAACGCAUGGAGAAAAAGAGACGGAGUAAGGAGAAGGAGCUGGCUGAAGCUCAGAGUAAGCCCUACUACUCGGAUUACUCCCCCACUCGCCUGCUCAUCCACAAGAUGUGCACCAGCCGCUACCUGGACCUGUGCAUCACCAUCAUCAUCGGGCUCAACGUCAUCACCAUGUCCAUGGAGCACUACCAGCAGCCCCAGGAGUUGGACAAGGCAUUAACGAUCUGUAACUACAUCUUCACCCUCAUCUUUGUUCUGGAGUCGGUCUUCAAGCUGGUGGCCCUCGGCUUCCGACGCUUCUUCAAGGACAAGUGGAACCAGCUGGAUCUGGCCAUCGUGCUGCUGUCCAUCAUGGGCAUCACUCUGGAGGAGAUUGAUGGCAACACACUGCCCAUUAACCCCACCAUUAUCCGCAUCAUGAGAGUGCUGAGGAUCGCACGAGUUUUGAAGCUCUUGAAGAUGGCGGUGGGGAUGAGAGCUUUGCUGGACACCGUAAUGCAAGCCCUGCCUCAGGUGGGGAAUCUGGGUCUUCUCUUCAUGCUCCUCUUCUUUAUAUUCGCAGCGCUGGGAGUGGAGCUGUUCGGUGACUUGAUCUGUGAUGAACUCCACCCAUGUGAAGGUCUGGGCCGCUAUGCUACAUUCAAAAACUUUGGGAUGGCAUUUCUGCUGCUCUUCAGAGUUUCCACUGGAGACAACUGGAACGGCAUAAUGAAGGACACGUUGAGGGACUGCGCCGCCCAGGACAGCAGCACCUGCUACAACACUGUGGUCUCUCCCAUCUACUUUGUCUCCUUCGUGCUGACCGCUCAGUUUGUCCUGGUCAACGUUGUCAUCGCUGUCCUGAUGAAGCACCUGGAGGAGAGCAACAAGGAAGCCAAGGAGGAGGCGGAGCUGGAGGCGGAGUUGGAGCUGGAGCGCCAGAUAGAAGGGGACAUGGCAACGCGGUCACCCCAGCUCCACCCUCUGGCACUGGGCAUGGACCGGUCCAGUGCUGGGGGUUCCCCCUGGAGGUCCAGCGGAGGAGGGGACAGGGAGCAGGACAGAGACGGUCCUAUGGACUCGCCCACUGCCGAUAUAACCAGAGACUCUGUUUACAUCAGAGAAGACCCGCCUUCAUGCCUGGAGCCCCCGCUGGAGUUUGUCCAGCGGAGAGCCCAGUUUGACUCGGUCUCCCUGGGCGCCCAGGGUUCAAUGGAGGGAGAGUUGAGUUUGAUGGACAACCUGUCCGGCUCUAUCUGCCACUACUACGCGCUGCCCCCCAAGCCCGGCAAGCGCAGCACCGACAAGAAGAUCCCUCUAGCGGAGAUGGAAGCUCUGUCUCUGGCCUCGGAGAAAUCCUGGUCCCUAGCUCUGACAGACGACUCGGCCGCUGGCGAUUUUAACCCCCUCUUUCUAACCAGUCUGGAAUGCAAUCCGGAGCAGCUGGAUCCUGGGGAGCCACUGGAGGACAACCUGCUGAGCGUCAGGAAGCCUGCGGUGGGACGCACACACUCCCUGCCCAACGACAGCUACAUGUUCGCCCCCCUGCAGCCCUCUGGCAACACGGACCCAGCUCCAGCACACCUUUUAGCACAGACACAGGGACCGCAGCACAUACUGGGCACCCACAGAGCGCAAUCAGGCUCCAGUAGCUCAGUGCGUUCACAACCAGAGGAGGGUUCCCAGCGGCUGACCGUUCCGGCAGACUGCUUCAGACCCAUUAGCCCCCACAGCCACUCCGACUCAGAGAGUAUACCACGACUACCACCUCCCAGAAGCGCACACACACUCAGCCGCACGCUCCACAGACAGCUCAGUUGGGCCCAAAAGCCGCCCGAUCCUGAGCUACUGCUCAAACACAGAUACUCCUGUUUCUGAAACCGCAGCAAACGGCAGACUUUAGCUGCCAUUGGGGCCUUUUCAGAAACACUGGACUCCACGUUCAUCUUCCAAGAGACAGACAGUUUAAGACACAUACACAGGCUUCCUCCCCCCACUUAUUUAAAUAUCUAUCUACUGCUAACCAUCAGCACCACCAUCAACAAAGCAUCUAAAACUCUCUUAAGAGCCUGUAGGAAACCUUACUGGGACUUUGAGUUUAUUCAUCCUUCUGUACACUCUUAUACAAGCAGCAGGAGCUAGGUGUAACAUUGCAUCAGUGGAGUUUUUCGGUAGCUGAGUGAUAGAAUGUAUUCAAUUUAUGUUAUGUUAUUUGGCUGAGAAAUGUACCCACAAUGCAGUGCACUUACUACAUUACAAACUAUACGACUCAGGGGUUUACUACAGAACAGCGAGUGCUGUCCAUAUGCAUUUGGCCAUUUUGUACAAGCAGUACCACAGCGAUAGUGUGUGUUUUCUAUUGACUAGGUCAGUGCUUCAGAUGUACAUAUAGUUGUUAACCAGAGGACAGUAGCACUUAAUCCGAUUUUUGCUUCAAAAUAAGUGUGACAGGGUGAUGUUUUCUUAGUGAUGUUCCAGUGAUUAUGUGUUACUUUGGUGUUGUGUUGCUGUCUGGUGAUUGGCCGGGCCUGGUUGUGAUAUCUUUGGCCACUAGGUGUCUCUGUGGUCCCACCAUUCAGGCUCAUGCAGGGGGAACCCACGAUUCCAAACAUCUCUCAAAGUGCUGUGCGCAAAAAAAGAAAAGAAAAGAAAAAAAAACUCAUGCAUGCCUUGCAUCCUCAUCUCCACAGAUUCAAGACACUUUAAUUGACUUAAUUCAACGCAAAUAUUAUUUCGUCUCCCCAGUUUGUGGUCUGUGAGGAACAAGUGAUGAGGACAUUUUUUUGGCUGAGUUUUGGCAACCAUUGGUGCUUACUAACCCCUUCCUCUCCUACAGUAGCUGCAUAUUAAGUUCUACCCUCUGACUGUUGGCCUCACACCCCCGUAGAUGACGGCGCCGAAACACUGAUGAGAAUUUGGUUUACAGGGGGGUUUGUGUGAAUGGUCAAAGGUUAGAGGGUCCAGAGGUCUGGCUCAGUGUUCACUGUGUCAGCCAGCGCUCAGCAACCGAGUCCUUCUGUCCGUCCAACUAGUAAAAGCAGCCAACACACAAGUCUAUAUUUAUUUAAUUCCAACAAAUUUGAGGUCAUUUUUGGAUCACAUUCAUAAUCCUUUUAUAUAUUUGGUAUAUGUACAGUAUAUAUACUAAAAACUGUGGGGGGAAAUAUUCAAAGAGAUCUUUAAUUGUGAUGUUGAAGUCGUUAAUUGAACACUCAUCAUGUCCUUUUAAAGACCCCCUCCAGACAUGUUUCAAGACAAAUAAAUAAUACUCCUCUUUGAAUAAUCAUUUGUCUGAUAUGGGUAUAAACCAAACACUUUUUUUACAUUUUUUUUUUUCGGUAGUUCAAAAUUAUUAAAAUUGCAUCUACUCCUAUCCUACUGGUGAAUAGGGGAAAAUAUUUGAACUAAAAGAUAUCACCAUGAAACUUCCCGCAGAUGAUUACUUACAUUAAGACAAUGUAUAACAAGUUUUCUGAAAUGUUAUGUUUAAAUAUGCAAACGAGGCAUUAUCUAAUAAUAACUGUUCAGGCGUUCAGGAUAUUCAGGAGAACCCUACGGACACAAAGACAAACUGUAGUAAAAUAAACACCCUAAUGUGUAUUCAGGAUGUAUUUUUCCCCCACUAGUCUGAAAGAAGAUGUGUUAUGGAAGCAAAAUAGCCCCGAAAAAAAAUAAAAAAUAUGUUUUUGCCUGUAGUGUCUCCCCUUGAAAAACAAAAAACCCCCAAUAUAAAUAGUUUUCUAAUAAUUUAUUCUGCCGCACACAAGAUGUCUCCUACUCCACUGAGGAGUCCAUUCUCCCUGUAUGUGACCUGGAGGUUUCCAGUUUCCGCAUCGACACUUGUGUAAGUCGCACAUUAGAUCAGGACUGGCUUCCAAACCAGUUGUGAUGUCACAAAGUCCUGCACGUGUGAAAGUGAGAUUUAAGGUGGAGCACGGAGAAACUUUCCCUCCUUCAGCAGUUGAAUGUGAACUGUAACUCCGCACAUACAUCAUUCUGUGCAGAGGCCCUCAAAACAUCCCAAAUAAAAAAAAUAAAAGACCAAUAACAAUGUUAGAGUGGAGAUGGGCUUUAAUUUUUCCAUCAGAUGUAAAAAAAAAUGCUGGCUCUGCCUUAACAGCAGCACCACACAGUAAACUAAUAAAAGAAACCCAAAGAUCACAUCCAAUAAUGUCAAAGGUUGUUUACCCAACUUAAUAUUGUCAAAUCGCAAUACGGAAUUCUGCCAUUGAGUAACCCAGGGUAACCUCUGUGUUACACUCUUUGCUGAAUGUGUUGCAAUUCAAGCCCACAGCUGCCAACAAAGCGCGGUUCAGAGAGGACUCUGGAGAUGCGCUGGCCAGACGGUGAACUUUGACCCAAACUGACUGCUUCUCAUCUUCAUCACCUCGCACUAACUAGUCUCCACCCCUCUCAUCUCCCCCCUGAUCCCCCCGCGCCCUUGCUCUGCUCCAUCUCCUCCUGCCUUCCUCAACUGCACAUUUACCUCCAUCUCCUCACCCUUUUCUCCUAAAUAUUUCAUCCCCUCCCCCCUCCCCUCCAUGCCCCGUCUUCC